CUUGCCCGUUUCAGAAAUCAAAAUCAAAGCCCUUCCUGGCAUGGCCCCCUUUCCCACUUCUCUACAUUACCCGUUGUUUUGUCCAUUUCCUCUCAUUCGAUAACUGCUCUUUUUUUUUUUUUCUGAAAUUUAUAGUAUAAUUUCUCCAAAAUUAUCAAUUUUCCUUUUUGAAAAUUUUCUCUUCUCGAUCUAUCCGGUUCGGAUUUGAGAGAGAAGAGAUAAGAUAAGAGAGAAGGGGAGGAAUGGCGCAUAGAGUAGACCACGAGUACGAUUACCUUUUCAAGAUCGUGUUGAUCGGCGAUUCUGGAGUUGGAAAAUCGAAUAUUCUCUCUAGGUUCACUAGAAAUGAGUUUUGUUUGGAAUCUAAAUCCACUAUCGGCGUCGAAUUCGCUACCAGAACUCUCCAGGUAGAGGGAAAGACUGUUAAGGCACAGAUUUGGGAUACGGCAGGUCAGGAGAGAUAUCGAGCUAUCACUAGUGCUUACUACAGAGGAGCUGUUGGUGCACUUCUUGUCUAUGACAUAACCAAGAGGCAAACCUUUGAUAACGUUCAGAGGUGGUUGCGUGAAUUGAGGGACCAUGCAGAUUCUAACAUUGUCAUCAUGAUGGCUGGAAAUAAAUCUGACUUGAUUCAUCUCAGAGCUGUUUCUGAGGAGGAUGGUCAUGCUCUGGCCGAGAAGGAAGGCCUUUCGUUUCUUGAGACAUCAGCGCUGGAAGCAACCAACAUUGAGAAGGCAUUCCAAACCAUAUUAAAUGAGAUCUACCAUAUCAUAAGUAAAAAGGCAUUGGCAGCACAAGAAGCAGUUUCUAGUACCACGCUUCCUGGUCAAGGAACCUCCAUUAAUGUCUCUGAUGCUUCAGGGAACACUAAGAAAGGAUGCUGUUCUUCUUAAAAGUGAUAGGUUAUAUUCAAAUCGAAAGUAUUUUUUUUUUUCACUUUUUUUGUCAAUUUUUGACUGCGAGAGAGACAUGAGAAUACUUAUUUUUACUUAAUUGUGGUAAGGAAGCUUGUGAUAUUUUACACAAACCAUAUUGUUAAUA